UAAUCAUUCAAAUCUCUCUCUCUCUCUCUCUCUCUCUCUCUCUCUCUCUCUCUCUCUCUCUCUCUCUCUCUCUCUCUCUCUAACUCCCUUAAGCAUUUAGACAUAAAAAGAAGAAAAAAAAAACACAAAAGAGAGUGAGAAAAUGGAAAUUGAGGGAAGCACGCAGGUGGUGGCGAAGAAGGUAUGGGACAUCAUACGUGUGAUGUUCUUCAUGUUGAGGAAGGGCAUAGCGAAGAGCAAAAUAAUGGCGGAGUUCCAUCUCAUGCUGAAGCGUGGGAAGAAAGCCUUGGUGAACAACCUCAUGCUCAACCACCACUACAUCAUGGCCUCUUUCACCUGCCGCUCCAACCACAACCACGCCACCUUCAUCUCCCCACGCGACUACGAGUUCAGCUGCAGCAACAGCCCCGCCAUCCCCUUCCACGCCGUCAAACGCACCCACAAAAACCACCGCUUCUCCAAACCCUCCCAACACCACGACGUUUCCACCCUCUCCGCCGUUCAGAAGGUUCUCGAAAUCCUCAACAACGACGCCAACAACUCACCCUUCCCCGCCUUCGGAAAAAGCCCCGUUGGCAAACAACUCAGAGUCACCGACUCACCCUUCCCUCUCAAAGACGACGGGGAUAGCCAAGUCGACGUCGCAGCCGAAGAAUUCAUUAAGAAGUUCUACAAAGAUCUCAACUUGCAGAAAAAAAUGGCAUAUCUUGAGUCCCCAUAUCAUACUUCCUGGAGCAGAUGAACAAUAUUGCAUUUUUCAAAACAACAACCUUUGUCAUCUCGCAUGAACAAAACCUUCCGCAUAUUUUUGGCUGCUACAUCAUGAGAGUUACAUGAUCAGAUUGAUCAUUUGCACGGUGACAUGGAUGGCAUGUGACGUGACUUUGUUGCUUUCGUUCGAUGCAGCGGCUUUGCUUUUUUGGAUGGGUUCUUGGGAGAUGAUUGUCCUGAUGCUUAUUUUGUGUUUUUGCAUAUACUGUCUUGUUUCGGUUCACUACACUAUACUACACUGUAUAUUAGUGUUUUGGAACUAUGUUUUUCUUUCUUCCCAGUAUUUGGGGUUUGAGAAUGUUGGUGACAGUACCAGUGUAAUGUAAGAAAAGAAUGAAAGGAAAAUAAAAUUAAAAAAAAAGAAAAAAGAAAAGAGAUGUUAUGUGUUUGUUUGUGAAA